AUGUCAUCCGUUGCACAAAAGCGUCUUUUCCACGAGUACAAGAAUCUGUCCACAAACCCACCUGACGGCAUUACCGCCGGCCCAGUCACGGAAGAUGACAUGUACCAUUGGGAAGCUCUCAUCCAAGGACCCGAAGGCACGCCGUUCGAAGGUGGUAUAUUCGCAGCUGAGCUCAAGUUUCCCAGAGAUUAUCCGUUGAGUCCUCCGACCAUGAAGUUUGUUGGGGGUGGGGUUUGGCAUCCUAAUGUCUAUCCCAACGGAACAGUUUGCAUCUCUAUUCUUCAUCCCCCUGGUGAUGACCCGAACCAUUACGAGCAUGCGUCGGAGCGGUGGUCGCCUAUUCAGAGCGUGGAGAAGAUUUUGAUUUCCGUCAUGAGCAUGUUGGCUGAGCCAAACGAUGAGAGCCCGGCUAAUGUCGAGGCGGCCAAGAUGUGGAGAGAGCGGAGAAAUGAAUAUGAGAAGAAGGUUCGGGAUGAAGUUAGGAAGGGAUUGGGCUUGUGA